AUGGAUUCAGACUGCGACACGAGAAGCUGGCCUCCAGUAGGAGUAGAUAUCUCCUCGGAUAAUAGCUACCGUACCUACAAAGACGACCAGAACCCAGAACUCCUAUUCGACAAGGCCAUGGGAUACCUCGACCACAUAACAGCGAACCACAGGGCGUACUACAGGACUCCGAACUACAAAGAGAACAUUGUCAAACGGGUCAAUGAUUCACUGAUUAACGCCAUAUACGGGAGUAAUAUGAUAGAGCGGGCCGGACUAUGCUGGCCAGACACAUUUAAUCACUGCAACGAAGUUCUUCGAGGGGUGGACCCCGAGGUAGACAGUGAUUCAGACAAUAUCCAAGGCCUGCGCGAAGUCGUGAAUCAUAUGCGAGCCUAUCAGCAUAUCCUUCGCCGAUUUGUUUUUGAAGGAGAAGACAUGUCGGAAGCUCUUAUCAAGGACACGCAUUCGAUCCUCUGUAAAGGGAUUCCUAUCAACGACCCCGAAUAUCCAGAGGUGCCCUACGAGGGGUAUGCUGGCAAAUAUCGCACAGUUCAUGUGGGGGCGGGCGGCACCAUGUUUGUCACACCCAAGUUCGUUCCAGCCAAAAUGACCGAAAUGUGCGCCGAGCUCAAGAAGGAACUCGAUGAAGGGAGUCAAGGCUUGGACCCAUUUUCAGUUGCUUCAAAAUACUCGCUGAGAUUCGUCGAGAUACAUCCGUUUCUGGACGGCAAUGGGCGUAUGUGCCGGAUGAUUCUCAACGCUAUUUUAUUCCGAUAUCUUGGCGUCGUUGUGUCGAUUGGGGGGUCUGCUAAAGAUCGGGUUGAGUACUUGAACAUCAAGAAGCGCUCUUCGAGGGAUAUGGAAGGGCACGGGGAAUAUGCCACUUUUGUACUGGAUAAGGGAGUGAUAGCUCUCAAAGACUUGCAGCAGGGAUUUCAGUGGUAUUAG